AUCAUUCUCCAACUAUAUCAUAUUUCAAAUAGAAAGUAUGCAUUGACCCUUUCAAUAUUUAAUCUCUUAUAUAAAGCUCAUUUGAUAUAAGGGAGAUAAUAGCUACGGAGAAAAGAAAAGAUGGCUGAGUUCAUUGAAGAUACAAAUACAAAGAACAAGAAUGAAGAUCCACCCAUAAGCCUUGUUUCUGAUGGAAAAUCUUCUAAGGAACCAUCAAAAAAUGACCAAGUAGUAGAAACACAACCAGAAAAUAGUACACAAAAUCAAGAAAAAGAAAAUAUUAUUGCUCAACAAGGCCAAGAAGAAGAGGAGGAGAUGAAUGCUAAUGAUGAGGAAAGAGCAAAUUUUUCAACACCUCCAGGAAAAAGAUCAGCUCCUAAACCUAAGACGGGUUAAAAUUAAUUAAUUAAUUAAGUCUUUGGGAAUUCCAAUAUUGUGAUAAUUAUUUCAAGAAACCUAGUUGUUUUCUAGGUUUUUUUUUUUUGGUUUGUUCUUCUCAUUUUUAAUAUUGUAAUUUGUAAUGGUUAAUUCUU